AAAUCCUUAUUUGAGAAUCGGUCUUUGGUUCAAAUUAGUUCUCAUUAAAAUUUCAAAGUAAAAUCUACCCUCUGCCGUUCCGCCCGCCCUCCAGAUUCCCAACCAAAGCAAAAACCGUAUACAAAAUUGAAGAAAUACCAAUUUAUAUAUAUAUAUAUAUAUGAAAUAUAUAUAUAAAAGUGAAUAGAAUAAAAAGAAACCAUUUGUGCAAAAGUGAAGAGGCUUAGAAGUGAAGUGAGAGAGAUACAAAGUCGAGGAUAAAAAACAUGAGUGUCGAACAACAGAUACAGCCGCAGGACUUUGAUUUCGAUUUCGAACUCGAUCGGGGAUUGGAGGAGGAGGAUUCCAAGGCCAGUACCUCCAAGGUCCUGGAGGAGGACACCUGCUCGUUGCUGGCGGAGGCCAUUGGCACGUGGGAUCAGGGCGCGGGAUGUGUCGGCGAAUUGAGUCGCAAUACUAGUCUCACUACGGUGAGCAGUAGCUUCCCAUUGACCGCCAGGAUCGAGAGCCAUCAUCGCUGGGAUAAUAGCCAGCAGAAGCAGCAACAAUCCUUGGAGUCCUUGGAAUGCUCAGAGUCCUUGGAGUCUGAAUCUUUGAGUCAGGCGAGUGCAGAGAGUCGCUGCAAGUGUCAGCGACAAAAGGAUGACAUUGCGGUUCCGAAAUCAAUCCAAAACCCAAUGCCUUUCCAAUAACUACUUCCAUUACCACUAUCGCAAUUUAAAUUUAUUUUUUUUUUUUGAUUUUUCGGUUUAUAAAUUACAUAACGGAUGGGUUGGAAAAUAAAUUUCGAGUUCUAUUUUGAAACAAUA